CUUCCCCAGUGCGCAUGCGUAAUGGACAGCAGCGACUUAUUUCUGCGGGAAGUAUUUCUCGCAGCAGCGGCGCCAUCUUGCGUGUCGGUGUGGUCGAUAUGGUUGUGGGGCGCUGCCGGACCCCACGAGCUUUUCUUUUUUGAUUGUGCAGCUUCACCAGACGCGUGAAAGAGUUUCUUUUAAGAGAUUAGGUGCCGAAGAUGAGCGGGGCCAACAGUACGCCUCUCGGAAGGAUGAAUCCAGCCAUCGGGGCCGGGAAGAAGCCCGCGCCCACGGGCUCGUCGCUCCUCAAGCCCAGCUACAUGAGCCCCGUCGGCGCCUCCAGCUCACCCCUGUCUGCCGCCGCCGCCGCCGCCGCAGCUGCCGCCGCCGCCGCUGCAGUGUCCGCUCAAAUUAACCACAGCCAGAUGUCCAUGAAGAGAGAAAAUGACGAGAAGAGUACAUCAGAACAAGAAGAAAGAAAAAAACGCAGGAAGUCCCGUUGGCAAGGAGAUGAGAAGGACAAGACCUUCAUUCCAGGGAUGCCAACAGUGCUUCCCAGCAAUAUGUCAAAAGACCAGGAGGAAGCCUAUUUGCUGCAGCUGCAGAUUGAAGAAUUAAGUCGACGCCUUCGCUCGAACGAUCUGGGCAUCUCUCCUAAUCCUGAAGACAGGUCUCCAUCGCCUGAACCUAUCUACAACAAUGAGGGGAAGCGGUUAAAUACUCGAGAGUAUCGAACACGCAAGAAGUUAGAAGAUGACCGCCACAAUUGCAUAACUCGAAUGUUGGUUAUCAAUUCGGAUUAUAAACCUCCAGCUGACUACAAGCCUCCGGUAGUGAAGGUGUCUGACAAGGUCAUGAUUCCACAAGAAGAGCAUCCAGAUAUUAAUUUUGUUGGCCUUCUGAUUGGCCCACGUGGAAACACUUUGAAGGCCAUGGAGAAAGAUACAGGAGCCAAGAUAAUAAUUCGAGGAAAAGGCUCUGUGAAGGAAGGAAAGGUUGGUCGUAAGGAUGGUGGACCAAUGCCUGGAGAGGAUGAACCUCUGCAUGCAUAUGUCACCGCCAGUAACCCAGAAAGUGUCAAGAAGGCAGUUGAUAAGAUUAAGGAAAUUAUUCGACAAGGAGUUGAAGUACCAGAAGGACAAAAUGAUUUGAGGAGAAUGCAACUAAGAGAGCUUGCUCUGUUGAAUGGAACUCUUCGUGAGAAUGAUGGUCCAAGAUGCUCCAACUGUGGCUCAAAUGCCCAUAAAUCGUGGCAGUGUCCUGACAAGCCCAAUGUGACUAAUAAUGUGGUAUGCACAAGUUGUGGUGGUACUGGUCACAUUGCUAAGGAUUGUCGUCAGAGGCGGGGCCCAGGUGCUCCAACCUCAGUUGACAGACAAAAGAUUGAUGAAGAGUACAUGUCUCUGAUGGCUGAACUUGGAGAAGGCCCCCCACCUCCUCAGAAUACUGACCGCUCUAACAGGCCCACUGUUAACACCUCAACUAGAAGCCUUUUUGAGAGACCUCAGGGGGCACCGAGGCCACUGAUGGGACCACCACCUCGCUCAGAACCUCAGUCAUCAGUAGGUAAUCAGUUCAACAGUAACAAUCAGAAUCAAGGUGGGAUGAAUCAGCAAAAUUCAUGGAACUCAAACCAAAUGGGAGGAGGUGGUGGCCCAAGACCCUUGCUUGGAAACAGUAAUGGCCCUCCGAACCUUAACCAGCCGCCUCCUGGGAUGCCUUGGCAGCAGCAGCAGCAGCAGUCACAGCAGCAGCAGGGCCCUAAUAGUUUUCAAGGUGUUCCACCACCAAACCUAUUACAGGCACCUCCUCCCCCUCCCCCACCAACUACUCAGAAUGGCCAACAGCAGCAGCAACAACCCAAUUGGAUGGCUCAGGCUCCACCUGGUCCUCCAGGGGGACCUCAAGGUCACCAAGGUCAUCAGGGACCUGGUAAUCAUGGUGGUCCCCACAAUGGGCCACAUAAUGGACCUCAUGGGGGUCCUCAUGGAGGGCCACAUGGUGGACCACCACAUGGUCCACCUCCUCAAAUGAAUCACUGGCAGGGUCCUCCCCCUGGUCCCCAUCAUGGGCCUCCUGGUAUGGGCUGUCCACCUCCUGGACCAGUGCCCCCACCACGCCCAGUGGGUCCUCCUCCAGGCUGGGGCUGGAAUGGGCCACCACAGCCUGUUGGUCCACCACCACCACCACCACCUGGAGGCCCUGGUGGUCCUGGAGGACCUGGACCCAGGGGACCCGGGGGUGUGGACUUAGGAGCACUUCUCUCUGCACCUCCACCACCACCACCCUCAUAAAAAAUCUACAGUAUCAGUACAAAUGAACACCUGCCUCUAAUAAUUAUUGCUGGUAAUUAGACAUCCUGGAUUUGUGUAGAUAAUGUCACUCGUACAAUUUUAUUGACUGGGGAAUAAUAUCUUGAUUUUACUUUGUGUUGCUUAGAGAUUUCACAACGGGAGUUGGGAAGUUGUUGGAAAGAUGUCUCUCUUGCUUUGUAAAUAGUAGAAUGAUUGUUAGCUAGUACAAAUAAUUAAGACGUGUAAAGAUGCAACUGUUUGUAAAAUUAUCCAGGACAAAACUUAUGAAGUUUCCCUUUUUUUAUUUUAUUUUCAUCAUUGAUGUUUGAAUGGGAGUUUUACAGUUUGUUGGUUGGGGUAAGAUGAUUUUACUUUUAUGCAUUCAAAGACAGAUACAAGAAUAUGUAUUUUUGACACUAUAUUAAAGAUGCACUUUAGGGAUAAUAUUGUAGUUGUAUGAUGAAGGCUUUUGAAGUAUAGGCUUCAUACUGCUACAAGUUCUGAUUCAAUAUGAAUUUUUCCUCUAGCAUCAUCAUGAGUGGCCAGCUGGGUUAAUACAAAGUAUGGAUAAUGAAGGACCUCAUUUCAAAUUUGGCCUUCUGUGAGUGUCAAGUGAAAUGAUAGUGUGUGAUAAAAGAAUCACGUAGGAAAGUGAACAGGGACAUUGACCUUGGUUUCCCAAUUUGUUUGAUAAAAUAAAAUUGGAAAAGGUGCGCCCUAUUUGAAAAUAGAGAAAAACAGCUGCCACUGACUCAUGGGGUUUGGUGCCUCAGACAAACAGCCUGAAGUAUAUCUAAAUAUAAUGUGGAUAUGAAAAAUAUCCAGUUGUAUAUUUAGGUUAUCAUAGGAAACCAUGAUAGCACUAUGAACCACGGACUGGAAACAUUGCUGUUUACAUGGAUACUGAAAUUUGUUUAGCCUUAUCUUUCUGUUUGACUAUUUAGACAUAAGCAAUAAU